CUAUAUGAGAUAAUUUGGUAACUAACUCAUCCCCAUCCAGGCCCAUCCACCGAAUCCCGCAUCCCAGGGACAACGGCCGUCAAGUCGAUCUCCGUCUUAGUCCGGUGAGGGAAACCUUGGGGUUCCUCUCGUCUCUUUCCCGUACCCUCUUCUUCCUCCUUCUCCCUUUUGGGGUUUAGGGUUAGGGUUUUGAGCUCGAUAUCUCCCUGCGAAGAUGCUUCGGCGAUUGGCGCUCGGUUCCGCUUCCAUCACUGCUCCGGCGAUUCGUCCGCUGGACAAGAACCUCCUUCUUGGACGCGUGGAGGGAUCUCUCCCUCCCAUUCCCCGAUUGCUGGCGGCCUCGUGCAAUUCCAUCGAUCUGCACCAGAUUGGCAACACGAAAGCCAUCGACGAGGAACAUCCUAAAAAUUCGGAUGAAUUAAGUGGAGGAUACUUUGCUGACAUUUUGAAGACCCGUAAAAUUGGUAGUAAGGUAGCAUUAGGAUUGGCCUUUCAACCUGGCAUGAAGUAUUCAACUAGAGUAAGUGGUGAUCCAGAUACACAUGAAGACUUUCUGCCCACAAACAAAAGUUCUGGCAUCUCUGUGCAAGAUGUUGUUCAGCAGGAAGUUAAGGAAAAUGCCGUCAUGAUUUAUAUGAAGGGUCUUCCAGAUGCUCCACGGUGUGGAUUCAGUGCAUUGGCGGUGAAGGUCCUGCAGCAAUAUAGAGUCCCCAUUAGUGCCAGAGAUAUUCUAGGAGAUCCCAAGGUUAAAGAGGGUGUAAAAGCCUAUACCAACUGGCCAACAUUUCCACAAAUAUUUAUCAAAGGGGAGUUUGUUGGAGGAUCUGAUAUUAUAUUUAAUAUGCACCAGGGUGAGCUCAAGGAUUUGCUCGCAGAUAUCGCACAAGACAGUAGCCAGGGUGGAGCUUGAUAAGAUCCAUUGGUUGUUAGAGAGCAUUGUCAGCAUUCUUUGCUGGAUGUUGUCUGUCUAAUAAAAUAUUUUUUAAACUAAAUAUGCAUAUUGUAAUAUAUUUAGUUGGAGUACGGUUCUUGUUAUCCUGUUGGUGUUUUGCCACCCAACAAGGCCUGUUUUAGAAUUGAAGAGUGCUCCGGGACAUGCAAAUGAUGGCCACAGUUCUUGAAAUAAUCAGCUCUUGAAACAAAUUUGCUAAUGGGAGGGCUGACCCAUUGUAACAAUAUUGCUUGCUAGGUUUAAGGAAAUGUUACUUCUGAAAGAAGGUCCAUGAAGAGGAGCAGCCAAAUUGUUGU